AAGUGUCUCUAAGGGACAAGCUCAAAGUUCAGGCAUGAGAGAUUCCUGGAGCCACACAUACUUCUGAUCCAGUGACAUGAGCAGGACUCUGUCAGACUGCAGCUGGUCUACACAGGUUGGAGCUGUUUUUAAGGCCAAUGGUGUGUCUAUGGUCUAUUGUUUAACCUGGAGGAGAUUGAGAAGCUUUUCACAUGGAGCUGAGAGAAUUCAGAGACUCACUUGCUUCAGGUUUCAAUGACCACUACAGUCCCCAGCCCUCACUAAGGCACCGGGGCGGUCCUGACCUGCAGGAGAAUGAAAACACAGUCCAGUUUGACUGGAGCUCACAUCCUGAAGAGAGUGAUGAUGGAGAUUCACAUCAGCCUCAGAACCUCAGAGAGCUGCCUCUACACAUGACCCUAAAGAGAGCUAUAUGGCAGGUGCAGCAGAUGAAAGUACCAGUCGUGACUCGCUGGGGUUCAUGGCGCAUCCAUCAGUCCAAAGCAUUCCGCCGCUUUCGGGAAGAUGCCAAGGACGUGCUGGCUAAGCUGGCACUGUGGAGGAAAACGAUUCAUAAGAUUGGAGGACACUUUGGUGGUGGAGUCCAGUCGUAUUUCCUGUUCCUGAGGUUUCUUGUCAUUCUCAAUUUGCUGUCGUUCCUGCUGAUGGCUAGCUUUGUGAUCAUCCCCAGCAUUGUCUUCAACACUGUUUCUUUCAGUGGCUCCAGCAGCAUAGACUCUCUGCCCUCUGUCAACAUGACAGGAAAGGAGGAGUGCCUGCGCUAUGACCCUAAUCCUGAGGCUCUCACUGUUUUCUACACAUACUUCCUGGAUUUGCUCUCAGGAACGGGCUUCAUGGAGUAUUCUUACAUGUUUUAUGGUUUCUAUAACAACACGUUGGUCAUAAGCAGCGGCUUCUCUUACAACAUCCCACUCGCCUACCUGCUGACCGCUGCCUUCUAUUUCCUCUUCUGCCUUGCCUGCAUCAUCGUUCGGAUGGGCAGUGUGACUCGGAUCAUGGUGGCCACGGGCGGAGGGGCUGUAGGUGGCUACAGUAUGUUGAUUUUCACAGGAUGGGAUUACGGCCUUCAGGGAGAGCGUGCCACCCAGCUGAAACAGAACAACCUGCUCUACCAGUUACAGGUAGAUUUGGAGGAGGAGAGGAUUAAACAGAAGGCUGCCUCUCUGACUCUGACGCAGACAGUGGGUCUGUACUCAUUCCGCAUUUUCCUACAUCUCGUCGUCCUCGCCAUGAUUGUGGGGGCUUUCUUUGGCAUUGCUGCUGCAACCCAGUUCAGUCAGUCUCAGCAACAGGGAGGCAUUGUGGGCCUGCUGCUUGAAUACUUACCCUCUAUUGUCAUGACGACAAGCAACUUUGUGGUGCCCUUCAUGUGUGACCAAGUCGCCCGGUUCGAGAAAUAUUCUCCUAGUGUCACAAUCAUCCUGGCACUGCUCCGGGCAGUGAUUCUUCGUUUAGUGAGUUUGGCUGUGCUGCUGUACAGUCUGUGGAAGCAGAUCACCUGUGAUGGAGAUGUCAACACUGGGAAAUGCACACCCUGCAGUUACAACAGUGAGCAGUAUCAGUGCUGGGAGACACGAGUGGGGCAGGAAAUGUACAAGCUGACACUCUUCGACUUCUUGAUCACCAUCGCCAUGCUUGUUCUGGUGGAGUUUCCACGCAGGUUUGUUGUGGACAACUGCUCGUGUAAGUUGGUGCAGUGGGUGGGUCGACAGGAGUUUCUGGUGCCUUCAAACAUUCUGGCUCUUGUGUACGGUCAGACGGUGGUGUGGGCCGGUGCCCUUUUCUGUCCUCUACUGCCCAUCAUCAACACCAUCAAAUUCAUCAUCAUCUUCUACUGCAAAAAGGGCACUCUGUUCCAGAACUGCCGUCCAGCUCUCAGGACUUUCCGCUCAACCAGCUCCAACUUCUUCUUCUUUCUGGUUCUGCUUAUUGGCUUGAUGCUCGCCAGUGUGGUGCUUAUUUACAGUGUGGCCAUAAUUCAUCCCUCCUACGACUGCGGUCCAUUCCGCUUUUCUGAAACCAUGUGGCUUGUUGUUCCCAACACCUUCCAUUCACUUUCCAACACCACCCAGGAGUUUCUGUUCUACGCGGGCUCACAGGCCUUCUCCAUCCCACUCUUCAUUUUCUCCUGUGUGUUUCUGUGUUACAUUGCUGCACUCGCAACAGUCUACGGGAAAACUGUAGCUCUUCUGAAGAACCAGCAUAAAAUGGAGGGGCGUGAUAAGCAGUUUCUGGUUAAACAGAUCAAAGAGAUUGCAGCACUUUCGAAAGAAGAGCAAGAACCACAGCAGCCCCCGAGAAGCCAAGCCCAGUGGAAUGGUGCUCCGCACUGGGGUGGACAGCACAACCCUGCGUUUGACCCAGACACAGGGAUGAUGACACAACCCAGAGCUUUUUUCCCAGAUGAGUUUGAGAAUCCUGGACUCCAUUACAGAGAAGAAUGACUGAUGGCUUAGACUCAUUAACUGUCAGCACCAGAGCUGCGUUAAUCUUUCUUUCAGCCCUGGAAAGUACACCAGAGAGACUCAGACAGAGUGCUGAGCUGUACAUUUGUGUCCUAUAAAAACUCCACUUUCAGCAUAUCAUAACUCAUUUUUCUUAUUUCUUUCAGGACCAAACCUAACAAAAUACUGUAUUUUGCUAAAGGACCUAUUCUCUAAGGGAUUCAUGCACGUAUAUGAAAUUUAUUUCUUUUGGAAAAACAUUUUUAAAGAACUAUACUGCAUGUAAUGGAUAGACCUGUUGCAAAAAGCAUUCACAUGUAUGUGCCAUACAGCAACUCAUAAAAGUGAGUACACCCUUCACAUUUCUGCAAAUAUUUUAUUAUAUCCUUUCGUUUUAUUUAUUUUUUUCACUAUGGAAAUGAAACUUGGCUAUAACUU